GCGCGCGAACGCGCCUUGAUUUGCGCCACUGUUGGCGACAGUGCGGUUUAUCGCGCGGUGUAACUGACGAGCUAGACAACGGUCAGAUCUCAUAUCUCUGACUGUGAAUACGCUCUGUCUGCUCCUAAUCGUCGUGAAUAGCAACCGCGGUGUGCUUCAAUUACCGAAUUUCGUUCCACUAUUGUCGAAGCUCGAGCCUUUUAUCACACGUGUUUACCGGCUUUGCGCGGGAAGUGAUUGACGCGAUAUCCGGAUGAAGGAAACGCUAGAUAAUUGCCGCUCCAUCACUCUUGUCGUAAGGUUAUUCUCCAUACCGAUCAGCCUCGACCGGUCUUUAAUUCUUCUGCAGCGAUAAGCAACUGGCGUCUCCUUCUUUCGGAUAUCACGAGAGAUCGUUAACACAGGCGCGUGAGAUCUUCUCGUGAGAAGUCAACGUCGCGUUCCUGCCUAACAUCGAUUCGAGACAUCGCGUUUCAUUUGCUCCGAUCAAGUUGGAAGAACCGACUCACGCUGUCACAUCUACGCAAAGUAAUAUCAAUGGAAAAUAUCGUCGAGAUGGAAGGAAUGUCUUCGCCCGGAGGAUUCAGCGACGCUGGUAUGGAAGCGUCGCCGAUGUCCAGCAUCAUCAGCGAUCUCUCCAGAUCAACACUGGAUUCCGGCGGUCCGAAGAAGCGUUCCUUUCAAUGUUCAAAAGGUAGCUGUGGUUCCUGUCAUCGCACGAGCGAUCAGACGAGCGAAGGUUUUGCAGAUGCUGCUUUAAAGGCUACUUGUGCACUCGAUAUGACGGAAGUUGACAUUACUAUGCCAAAAGAGAAUUUUUCAAAUAUACGCAUCUUCAACAAGGAAUUAAACCAUAAUGUACUGCGAAACUCCUUACUCGGAGAAUAUGAACACGACAAAGAGAAUGACGGUGCAACCAACGACUUGUAUAUUCCUACUCCGAAGACACGAUGUAAGAAGGUACGCUGUCCUUUGGAGAACUGCGAGCUCAACAUCUAUGACAAUAGCCACGGAACAAGUCCGAUCCUUAACAAGCGGCGCGCAUUUCGCGUCGGUGCCGCGAUCCAACGUAUGUCCACGGAUUCGCAACACAAUUCCGAACUAGUGAUGCGACCUCUUACUUCCCCUGCUGCCUUCCCCUCCGGUCUAAAGUCCCAGAAAAUAAACUUCAUGCGCAGCCUGUCAUCGGGAUAUGAAAGUAUGGACGAUGUGAACGACUUGAUGAACGAGCUCAUCGACAUGGAAUCCGUAGACGACAAACCGCAGCUGCCGACCGACAUCUCCAAGCUGCUGUCCGGCGACAUCGUCGCGCCGGAGACGUCGAUGGACUGCGACGUCUCGACGACCCCCAGUUACUCCCGAUCGGACUUUCAGGCUAAAGUCAAGUGGCUGAACAACACGCCGUCGCUGUCGAAGAUCCGCACCUGCCUGUUUCGCUCGCCGACGACGACCUGCUCGCCGAGGACAAUAACGAGGAGGUACAGUUACGACGAGAAAUCGCCGAUGGGUUACCGCCUCGAGGCGGAUAUCUCGCCGCAGACGACUAGAGCCUACAAACGGACGUCGGACGAGAUGCCAGCGGACGAGUCGAUACUGAAGAAGUCGCGCAACAAUUUCUAUUUGAACGCGUUGGCGCGCACGUCGCCGACGUCGGCGAACACGAACGCGUUGGCGCGCUCGAAGAUCGUUUUGCAGCGAAGCCUGUCGGAAACUGAGACGCACGCGAACAUCAAGUGGGCGAUUCACCGCAGCGCAACGGACUCCGAUCUCAUCGGCGACUUCAGCAAGCCGUGCUCGCUGCCGAUCACGAUCGGUCACCAUCCGGACCUCAAGGUCAUAACGUCCGACACGCUCGCGGCGUUGUUGCGCGGCGAGUUCGACGACCGCGUCCACUCUUACAGGAUCAUCGACUGCCGAUAUCCGUACGAGUACGAGGGCGGUCACAUCGCGGGGGCGCUGAAUCUCUACAACAUGGAUCUCAUCGAGCGGACCCUACUCGAGCCGCUGACCACCGCUGUCCCGAAAAUCCUGCCGGACGUCACCAAACGCAACGUGCUCGUGUUCCACUGCGAGUUCUCUUGGGAGCGCGGUCCGAGUCUGUCGCGGUUCCUGCGCAGACUCGAUCGCGAGCGCAACAAAGAGUAUUACCCGGCGCUGCACUAUCCGGAGAUCUACCUGCUGCACGGCGGCUACGAGAAGUUUUACAGCGAGCAGAAGGACUUCUGCUUGCCGCAGAAUUACAAGCCGAUGAGGCAUCCCGAUCACGAGGACGAGUUCAAGUUCUUCCGCAGCAAGAGCAAGAGCUGGCAGGGAGACAAGGCCAAGGGGAUCGGUCAGACAGUGGUGCGAACGAAUCUCAAGCGUUUGGGCCUCUAAACGGACACUGGUCGUUCUUCAUCUACGUUUGAUCUACCGCCUAAGGGUUUAUCUGCUCGUGUCAACAUUGUCAUACUAGUCUUAUUAUACAAGAAAUAAAACGUUGAACGUUCGCGAAUGAUCGAUAAUUAAAAUACGCGCGCCACGCGCGUCGGUUAGGUGCAAACGACGUAAAGAAACUACUCUUCUUUUAUUUUUUUUCGGUCGCUCUUCGCGCUACCGGUGUGACUGACUCGGGGACUUCUCCAUGAGUAUCUUGUACAUGAUGUAAAUGUUUCUGAAUAUUUAGAUUCUAGUCGAUCUUAAUACAAGAGUAUUAUACUUAUUUUAUAGGUUUAGAAACGCUUAGUGUGGUCACUAAGAUCGAUUAGAAUCUAUGUCAUAAUUUCGAUGAUGAUCAGCGAUAGGCUAUGAUAUUUCGUCGGCCUGCUACGCAGUCAGAUCGAGAAUUUUGUAUAUAAAUAUCACAAAUCAGGCAGAUCAUAUAAUUUAGGCCGUUUCUUUAAUUAAGUACAAUAAAACAUUGCAAUUUCUCCGCGUGUCGACCCAAGAAAUAGCAGGCUAAUCGAAUGGGCGUACUGUCGUGAGGAUGGACAUGUUACAAAUUUUUUUCCCACAUGUUUUUAUGACACCUCGAACGGUCAUUGUGUACAUACGACAUUCGCCAAGACUUCAACGGCUCAACUACGUCGAUCUGUCUCUCCGCGUUGCUUUGUCAAUUUCUUUAAAGCAAGCGCUUAGGAUCGACGCUGUGAAUAGCACAAAGUGUUGUCAAUUUAUCGUUGCAAUUAUUAUUGAUUAAUUGGUACAAAAUGUAUUAUUAAUGUGAAAGAUCAAUCCUUAAAUACUUGUGUGGUAUCAAAUGUGACUCGAUUGGUAUUUUAUUUAGUUUUUUGUUUUCUUGUGAAGAAGAUUGUUGAUAGAGCUAGUCUCGUGUGAUCCGAAGAGAAUUUUUAAGAAAAUUCUUCAAUUUUUACCUGAUAAGAAACCUGUCUCUCUCGGACUUGAAAGAGAGAAUUACUCGCCACAUGAGUGCUUAAGAAUUAAUCGAUAACACGUAUUAGUGAUUUCACGGUCAAAGUAGAAAUAAUGCAGAUACUGCUAAAUGUGCAAAUUUUUUGUUGUUACAUUGUAAAAAUUAUUUUUACGUUACAUAGAUAAAUAUAUACGUCAUGCAA